GUAUUUAUUUACCUCCUUUCCUUUGAAGAAGAUAAGGACCCGUGCCAGCAUCUUCAAGUAGUUUUAUCAUUAUCUUCCUUUGGCUCAUUCUGCAACUUUAAUAGAUACAACGGAGGCUAAUAAACUUCCAAUUCAACGUUACCAUUUUAUUGUUACAUUGAUUAGAAGUGUGUAAAUUGAAGACGAAAUCAAAUGCCGCGCGCUCGAGGUAGAUCUGGAGGGACGACAGCUGGUAGAAGGGGAGGCAGCACAAGACAGCAAUCUGCAAGGCCAAAGAGAAACACACAGGCUCCUAGGCCAGUUGUGAUUAAUCUGGAUGUUACUUACUCGAGUGAUGAACUAGACAAUUUAAGUGACUAUGCACCUUCCCCAAGUCCAGAACCUCCAAAAGAAGAUGAGCAGCCUCUUUUCUCACCUAGCCCUUCUCCAGAAAAACAAGUUAGCCGAGGCAUUAUGUCGGAUUCAGAAUCUGACUGUGAGGUGGUUCCAGUUGAGGUUACACCUAGUGCUAAGAGACCAAAGAUAGAUCAUUCACCUGACAUCUCUUGUGAUAAUUCCAGUGACGACCUUUUCGCAAUUGAUUUUAACUCCUGCCGUAAUAAUGCUAUGAAGGAAAUAAAGAAAAUGAUGACUGCUGAAAAGGAACAUGAAAAGGGAAAACUGAAACAAGAAGAAGGCGAGUCCUCAGAGCAAGCAGAUCUGUCCGAUCCAAUCAAUGAGAAGAGCAUUGUCGAAGACGAGGUCAUUCUUAUUGAGGAAGCAAGCAACGAGACAUUGGAGGGGUCACCAUCUCCCUUGCCAAAAGUUAAAGUGCACAAAAAAAAAAUGCUAAAGAGAAAUAGCGAAACAAAGAAAGCCAUGAAAGAGCUAAAGGCUUUGGCAGAAGAGAUGGCAAAAAAAGAGAACAAUGACAGCAUGAACCAGAGUGGCAUGAGCGAUAUUUUGGUAUUGAGUGACGAUGAGUGCGACAACACAAAUACAGAAAUAAAUCUGCGUGUACGAUGGGGGACUGAAUAUCUCCGCAUACCCAUUAAAAAGAUGCAGAAGUUUUCCCACGUAUACCAGAUGCUCGCAGAAAGGUUUAGUGUUGGUGUUAGUCAGAUAGUUCUGAGUCACAAUGAUAAAAUCAUAAAUCCAGAGCUUUACCCAAGGGAGUUGGGACUUAAAGUUGCUGACAUAAUUGAGGGUGGAAUCCAGUCAAAAGACUAUUCUAAAGGAGCAGAAUCUUCAGAGGAAAACGACCCUGGAAGCAUUAGGCUUAAAGUCCAGAAUGCUGAGAAAAAGGGACAUGUUCACAUAUACAUAAAUCGAUACGAUAAAAUGCAAGUGUUAAUGGAAAAAUACGCAAAAGAAAAGAAAGUCGAUGUUAGUACUCUAAGGUUCCACUUUGACGGCGAGAAGUUAGAUCCCAGUGACACACCAGAUAACUUAGAUUUGGAUGGAGAUGAAUGCAUUGAUGUUUUUCAUAGUUAGUUCGUAUUUUAGUAUUGGUUUCCCAAUUUGCUCAUUGAAUUCUGUGUUUCGAGAAGUUUGAAUAAAUAUUUAUAUGUAUUUA